GUACGGCAGCAGAACACUUCCUUUUAUUUACACGGCGGAGGGACGGUAACAGGGGUGGCAAAAGUCCAGCUAAAUCGGCCGCAGCCGGUUAAAACGACAGCAGGCGCUCGGUCCCUGGGAGAGGCGAAGGUGUCGGUGGGGCGAGGGCGGAACGUGAGGGGCCGGGGCUGAAGGCGCGGCCGUUGGGCGCGGGCGGGCGGACGAUGUGGCCGCGCGCAAGCGAUGCUCGUGCCGCGUGAGAUGGAGCCCAAGGCGCAGCCGCAGCUCGUCAUCCGCAUCAAGGUGUCGGGCGGCGACCUGGACUGGAGCAUCCCGCCCGGCUCCCAGCUCCUCUUCAGAGACGUGCUGGAUGUUAUUGGUCAAGUGUUACCAGAUACAACAACGACGGCAUUUGAAUAUGAAGAUGAAGAUGGGGAUCGAAUCACAGUGCGCAGUGAUGAAGAAAUGAAAGCCAUGUUAUCAUAUUAUUAUGCUACUGUGACAGAACAGCAAGUUAAUGGAGAGAUGAUCGAACCAUUGCAGAUAUAUCCACGAGCCUGCAAGCCACCUGGGAAACGGAACAUACAUGGCCUGAAGGUAAAUACACGGGCAGGGUCCUCUAAUAAUAGCUGCCCAGCAGUCACAGAAGGCCUUCCGAACAAUAGCUUGAAGAAGUCAUCUGCUGAACUUAAGAAAAUACUAGCAAAUGGGCAGAUGAAUGAACAGGACAUUCAGUAUCGAGAUAUCCUCGGUCAUGGCAAUGGAGGGACAGUGUACAAAGCUUACCAUGUUCCAAGUGGAAAAAUAUUAGCCGUUAAGGUUAUUCCCUUAGACAUUACACUGGAGCUUCAAAAACAAAUUAUGUCUGAAUUAGAAAUUCUUUAUAAGUGUGACUCAUCAUAUAUAAUAGGAUUUUAUGGUGCAUUUUUUGUGGAAAACAGGAUAUCAAUAUGUACAGAAUUCAUGGAUGGAGGCUCUUUGGAUGUAUAUAGAAAAAUCCCUGAGCACGUACUAGGCAGAAUCUCUGUUGCGGUUGUGAAAGGCCUUACCUACUUGUGGAGCCUAAAGAUUUUGCAUCGAGAUGUCAAACCCUCUAAUAUGCUGGUGAACACGCGAGGACAGGUCAAGCUGUGCGAUUUUGGAGUGAGCACCCAGCUGGUGAAUUCGAUAGCUAAAACGUAUGUGGGAACAAAUGCCUAUAUGGCGCCAGAAAGGAUAGCGGGUGAACAGUACGGAAUACAUUCUGAUGUGUGGAGUUUUGGGAUCUCAUUUAUGGAGCUUGCUCUUGGGAGGUUUCCAUAUCCUCAGGUACUAAGACCUGGGGAAGUUCUGAAUGAAGUGAUUCAGAAAAACCAGGGAUCUUUAAUGCCACUACAGUUAUUGCAGUGCAUCGUUGAUGAGGAUCCACCAGUCCUUCCGGUUGGAGAGUUUUCUGAGUCAUUUGUACAUUUCAUCACUCAGUGCAUGAGGAAGUUACCAACUGAAAGGCCUGCACCUGAAGAGCUCAUGGUUCACCCAUUUGUUGUGCAGUACAAUGACAAGAAUGCUGAGGUGGUUUCCAUGUGGGUUUGCAGGAUGCUUGAAGAGAGACGUUCUCAACAGGGGAUCCAGUGACCAGCAUCAACACCAGUGACGUUAGACAAAAGAAUAUUAUCAAGACAAUAAAAUCUCCACAGAGCAAGCAAUUUUAUUUUUCCCCCUCCAGUACUGCCAGAUCAAUGUGGCAGAGUAUUCCGUGACCACAGCAGGCCCUACAUUAUCUCUCGUCUGAGCAGACGACAUCUGUAACUGUCCUCUGACUUGGCAGGUGGUCUCAAUUACUGCCAUCAUGACGUGAUCUAUAGAUAGUCUAUGAGAAGGGUUAGAUCGCAGGGGGUCCUCGCAUUUCAACCAGCAGAGUCCAGGAGUUUCACAUCUAAUUCACUGCACCAUUCAUGUGUGCCCGUUUGUCCUUUGUGAAUUCUGACACGUUCUGCCUGCUCUUGUUAGACCGACAAUGUUGCUGUUAGAAAGAGUGAUCCAAUUAUUGGACAUGAAGUUACAUUAACAUGGAAAGCAAGACAAGCAUCACUCAUCCUCCAACACUGAAAGACAGUUAGAAUUUUGGAUGCCUGCUUAUUUCUGCAGUUGCUAUAAUGCAUUUUGAAUGCAAACAUAUUGGGCCUUAAACUUGUUUUCUUUUGUCAUUUAUUUGAAGUAAUAUGAUACAAUUUAUAACAAAUGUCCAAAGCUGAGUUAUACAAUUAUGGUGUAUGAUUUUCGAAAAGCAGAUUUUGGAUAAAAUAUGCAUAAUAUGUACAGUUUUGUAUUGAUUAAAUCACCAGUAUAUCCCAUCAUUGUGCUCUGCAUUGCACUUAAUCACUAGAUUAUUCUGUGCAGUCACACAUUAUGCAUUUUUCUUCUAAAGAAGUUGCUUGUUUUAUUCACUAGUGUCCAUUUUCUGUUGAUUUCCAAACUUUAAAUAAAAUGUUAGAAA